AUGGUUUUUGUUCUCAAUAUUACCAACGAUGAUGAUCCGAUAGUUUUUGAUUGUGAUGAUUCCUAUAAUCCAUGGAUCGAAAUCGCGAAAUAUGUUAUUCAGUUUAUGUAUCUCGUCAAGUUUAGGGCAAAACAAAGGAUAGAUGUUCAUUGGUUAACUGAUAUGUCCAAGAAAUCGGAUGGUAAGGAAAGAGGAGAACUAGGAUCAAAAUGUCCAUCAGAGAGACCAGAGGGUGAGAGUGGUCUUUGUGAAGUUCCUUCUGGAUCUGGAGUGUCAAAGAGUAUUUUAAUUGUUGUACUUGUCUUAGUAUUGAAUUUUACGUGA